AUGGACAAAAACUUUAUUGAAGAGCUUAAAAAAUAAAAAUAGAAAAAUAGUGGAAAAAAUGGGAAUGGGGAAUAAAAAAGUGAUAAGUAAAAAAUUUAUGUUAAAAAGAUAUCUUAAAAAUAAAUAGAAGUAGAAAAGAAUGAUCUUAAGAAAGAAAUUAACUAAAAAGAUUAAGCGAUAAAACUAAAAGCUGACAGAUAAUAAAAAUUUGAUUAGCCUGAUGAAGAAGAAAAGCGGAUACCUGCAUAAAUUAAAUAAAUGGAAGAUGAAUAUUAAAUUGAAAACUCUGAGAAUAUGUCUAAUUAAAUUAAGGAACUUUAGUAGGCAUUUAAUCAUUAAGAGAAUGAUUAUCCUAACAAAUCAUUGAUAUACAAUUAUAACUUUGACUCAUUAUAUUAAUAGGAAAGAAAAACUGAACCUUGUCUCUAAUGCUAAAAUAAUUUGAAGUAGGUAUAAGUGAUUUAAGAAGAAAUAUAAAGAAUAAGUUUGUAAGAGAUAGAAAAUGCAAAGCUUAUCAAUUAAAAAGAUCAACUUAAUUUAGAAUUAAAGAAAUAACUGGAUGAUUUGCUACUAAGAUUAAGAAAAAUGGAAGAAAUAAAAAUAGAGGAUCAGAUCAUACCUAGUAUUAGCUUGUGCGAAGAUAAAAAAUCAUAGUAUAGACAAGAUCAUAAAUAAAAGCAAUAAUAAAUCAUGAAAAUUGAAAGGAUUGGUAGAUAAUAGAAAGAUUAGUAAGAAAAUAACUAAUCUGAUAUCGAUUUAGAGAGUUAAAAAAGUGAUUGGACUUAUGAAAAGCCUAAAGUAAAUCCUAAGCUUGAUUUGGUGAAUGAAAAGUAUGGAAGAUUAGAUAUUUAUAAGAAGACACCCUAAGAUUAGUUUGUGACUGAUGAUUAUGAGACAAGAAAUUUGUCAACUAGACUGGCUAAAAUAAUUUCAGCAGAGAAUAAAUAGCUUUCAAGAUAUAUUUGUAGAAACAAAAAAUAAGUCUAGAUAGUAAGGGAUUGCUUAAAAGAAUUCAAAAAUAAGAAUCAAGAAAGUGGAAAGCUGAUUAAAAAAGAAAAUAAGCAAGUUAGCAUUGUUGAUGGUCAAUAUAGGGGGUAUUUGACUAUAUUUACCUUCUCAAAUAAAUGA